AUGCUUGCAGUUUUCAUGGGUUAUGUACUUUUGUGCUACCUUAGCAACCCUAAUUUGGCUCAUGCUUCAAAUGCCGAUGAGUCAAAUGCUGUGUUAACCACCAUCCCGAGUACCGUAGGGGCUCUUGACAUCCCAUUUGAAGAACCACUUGGUGGACUGCCGCAUAGAAGGCUGUUGGAAUGUUGUGGAUUUAAAACUUUGCAAGUUAGCAGGCCAGAGCAUUGGACGGAUGAGGAGAAAAGGAAGAAGAAAACUUCUCUUACACUGAAGGAAUUGCUGGGCUUGGAGGACUUCCUUUCUUUAGAUGUUUGGAGAGCCUCAGUGGGAGAGCUGAUUGGCACAGCAGUUCUUGUGUUCAUGCUUGACACUAUUGUGAUAUCAACCAUUGAGACUGAUAUCAAAAUGCCAAACCUUGUUCUGUCAAUCCUUGCGGCCAUUAUUGUUGCAAUACUACUUCUUGCAGUGCAUCCGGUUUCUGGCGGCCACAUGAACCCGGCUAUCUCCUUCUCUGCCGCCCUAGUCGGGCUGAUCUCCAUGUCGAAAGCCUUAAUCUACAUUAUUGCACAAUGUCUUGGAGCCGCGCUAGGUGCACUAGCUCUUAAAGCUGUGGUUAGUAGCACCAUUGAACAAACCUUCUCACUCGGAGGCUGCACCCUGACAGUGAUUGCACCCAGCCCUAAUGGGCCCGUUACGAUUGGCCUUGAGACUGCCCAAGCCUUUUGGCUAGAAAUAUUUUGUACCUUCGUAUUACUUUUUGCUUCAGUUUGGAUGGCAUAUGAUCAUCGCCAAGCAAAGGCAUUGGGUCAUGUUCUUGUCUUUUCAAUUGUGGGAGUUGUGCUAGGUCUCUUAGUGUUCAUCUCCACCACCGUCACGGCCAAAAAGGGCUACGCCGGGGCAGGGAUGAACCCCGCUAGGUGUUUUGGUGCCGCGGUCGUUAGAGGUGGCCACCUAUGGAAUAGACACUGGAUUUUCUGGGUUGGCCCGGCCAUUGCUUGCAUGGCUUUCUAUUUGUAUACGAAGAUUAUUCCACGUCAGCACCAUCGGUCGAAGUUUUAUGAUCAUGAUUUCUUUAAUGUUGUCAAGGCUAUGUUUUGA